GGUUCUCAGGGACCCGGAAUCCUCUGCUGGUUCUCUGAGGACCGGAAUCCUCUGCUGGUUCUCAGGGACCCGGAACCCUCUGCUGGUUCUCUGAGGACCGGAACCCUCUGCUGGUUCUCAGGGGAACCUUCAGUGAAGAAAUUCGACUUUUGUGCUGCAGUCAUUGUUUUAAACGGUGCGCGUGCGCAGAGGGUCUGCGCGCGGCCGCGGCCGCGGCGCUGCAGACAGACGGAGUUGGAGAGCGCGCAGACUCAGGCGCUGACGAGUGAAGAAGAGUUACUUCAAGUUGCUUUAAAUGAAACUUUGACAGGUGACCGUGUGAUGCCUGAAGUGUCUCACAGCUCGUCCGAUGACGUCCCUCUGGGCGAAGGUGGGCUGUCAGUGUCUCUGCUGUUCAGAUAUUUAGCUAAACCCUCUGAGGAGUGGUUAGCCGAGUCGCCCCGACUGUCCACCGCCUCCGUCAGCAGUAAUGAGCGCGCUCCGUCGGCCACGCCCUCCGACUCCUCCGACCGCCGCCCGGUGAGCCUGAUCUCCACGCUGUCCUCGGGCUCCGGAGACGACAACCUGGCCGCCCCGCCGUCCACGCACACCCCCGACAACGACCUGGAACUGAGCCCUGGGGGGGGCGCUGCAGAGGGCGAGGGGGCGUGGCCACAGGAGCCCAACAGGAAGGGGCGGAGCCUAAACUUAACACACAGCAACGACAAAGAGUCGGCGCCGAGCCGAGCCUCCGGCCGCCACCAGCAGGCGUCACCGCUGGCAACCAGAAGCAUGGCACCGAACCCCCAGCUGACCUACCUGGACCGAGUCGUCAUGGAGAUCAUCGAGACGGAGAGGAUGUACGUCAGAGACCUGCGCAUGAUCGUGGAGGAUUACCUGGCUCACAUCAUUGAUCAGUGUGAUCUGUCGAUCCGUCCCGAGCAGGUGUGCGCUCUGUUUGGAAACAUCGAGGACAUCUACGAGUUCAACAGCGAGCUGCUUCAGGCUCUCGACCUGUGCGACAACGACCCCGUCGCCGUCGCCAGGUGCUUCGUCAUGAAGAGCGAGUACUUCGAGAUCUACACCCAGUACUGCACCAACUACCCAAAUUCGGUUGCGGCGCUGACGGAGUGCAUGAGGAAUAAAUCUCUGGCUAAGUUUUUUCGGGAGCGCCAGGCGUUGUUGAAGCGUUCGCUGCCUCUGGGUUCAUACCUGCUCAAACCUGUUCAGAGGAUCCUCAAGUACCACCUGCUGCUGCAGGAGAUAGCGAAACACUUUGACCCGAUGGAGGAGGGUUAUGAGGUGGUGGAGGAGGCGAUCUACACCAUGACGGGCGUCGCCUGGUACAUCAACGACAUGAAGAGGAAACACGAGCACGCCGUCAGGCUGCAGGAGGUUCAGUCUUUGCUGCUGAACUGGAAAGGUCCGGACCUCACCACGUACGGAGAACUGGUUCUAGAGGGAACCUUCAAAGUUCAUCGAGCCAAAAACGAGAGAACGCUCUUCCUGUUCGACCGCAUGCUGCUGAUCACCAAACGCCGCGGAGAACACUACGUCUACAAGACACACAUCUCUUGCUCCACUCUCAUGCUGAUUGAAAGCGCCAAAGACUCUCUGAGCUUCAGCGUGACUCAUUACAAACAUCCCAAACAGCCUCACACCGUCCAGGCGAAGACGGUGGAGGAGAAGAAGCUGUGGGCUCAUCACAUCAAACGCAUCAUUCUGGAAAACCACCACGCCAUCAUCCCACAGAAGGCUAAAGACGCCAUCUUGGAAAUGAAUUCCAUCUACCCUCCCAGGUAUCGUUACAGUCCUGAGCGGCUGAAGAAAGCUCUGUCCUGUCAGUCUGACGAGUUUCCACGAGACGGUCGUCCGGGACGCCGACAGUCCGACCCGACCAAACAACCACUGAAGAGCACCAAAGCCAUCUUACAGCACUCGGACAGUGACGGGGUGUUCCCGGGGGAGAGCCGCUCUCUGCAGCCCGCCACCAGCAGCAGCACGCUGGGCUCCAGCCUGGGCGAGGCUGAGGCUGACCGGGCCGCUGAGGAGGAGGAGGAGCUCGGCAGCAGGAAGGACUCACUGGAGCUACUGAUCUGCAACGAGGAAGAGGAGGAGGAAGAGGCCGGGAGGUUGUCUCCUCAGCGGUCUCAUCAGACGCCGGCCGAGGACAGCGAGCCGGACGAUAUUCUGCUGGAGGACGACCAGGUAGACGACUUCGCCAGCUCCGUGCUGGCUGCCAUCUCCUGCUGGCACUACAGGGCCCAGGCUCUGCUUUCAACAGGGGUUACCAUGGUGACGGACGCAGAGGGAGGCAGCGUCUCUUCUAAUGGCUGUAACAAAGAAAAUGGACGACUUCCUGAAGAAGACGAGCCAAAUGGACCUGAACCGACCUGUGAGCAGCCCUCCACAGAUGAACAGGGGGAGACGUCAGCGUCUGAACCAACAGAAAACCCUGAACCAGAACCCUCCUCUGAUCUGGACAGUUGGUCUGCUACACCUCCCAGGAUCUCAGUGUCUCCUCAAAGGUCAGAAGAACUGAUAUCUGAAAGAGUUCCAGAGCCCACAGAGCAACCGUCCUCUGCUACACCUGAUUCAGAUUCAAAAACCUUGAGUAGCGGGGAAUCCUCUGAGGAUGAGGAGGAUGAGAAGGGGGCAGCAGAGAAAGAAGGUGAAGCCUCCAGCAUCCUUCCUUCCUCUGUCCUGGACAAGGCCAGCGCCAUCGCUCAGCACUUCACCAACAGCAUCAAACGAGGUAGCCUGGUUCAGGACGAUGCCCGCUCCCUCGGUUGUGCUUCACCACGGUUACCCAGCAGGACCGGCAGCAGCCUAAGCCUCAACGCCGAACCCACCGACCGACCUUUACGGCUCAACAGCGUCUGUUCUGAUUCUGCAGAGACCUUCGGCAUGACAGAUUUGACCCUGCUGUCUCCUCGGGACGACAGCCUCAUUGACGCUGACCGCAGCAUUCGGCGGAGGCGGGACUCCACCCUGUCCAAGCAGGACCAGCUGCUCAUCGGCAAAAUUAAGAGUUAUUAUGAGAACCAGGAUGCCACCUUCAGCCUCCAGCGCAGAGAGAGCCUGACGUACAUCCCGACAGGGCUGGUCAGGAGCUCUGUCAGCCGGUUCAACAGCAUCCCAAAGGAUGAAACUGUCCAGACAAAUCCCUCCACCUCGACCACAUCCUCCAGUCUUGACCCUUCUUCAGCAGAGUCAAACUCAGCUUUACCCACAGAUACCCGGGGUCACAUGGUCUUAAGUGACUCUUUGGACUCUUUGAAGUCUGAUCAGAGAAGCACAGAUCCAGAAGAUUCAGGAGAAAGCCACAGGUCCAGAUCUCAAAGCACGCAGGACAAUCCUUCUGAGGAUGAAGAGUUCAGACCUUCAUCUGAAAUGAUCAAGAUCUGGCAGACGAUGGAGCAAGAGAUCACCAGAUCCCAAAGUGAAGACAAAGGACUAGAACGAUAUCGAGAAGCUCCAAGAAACUCCAGAGCGGCCGACACGACGAAGACCCAAAACAAGAGCUUGGACCGAGAGAGUGGAGCGUCUGACCUCAGCACCAUCACAGAGGAAUCCACGAGUCCUUCGCCCCUCAAGCACAAAGGCUCCGGCGUGAAUUGGACAGGAAGUCUGAAGGACGCCCUGAAGGUGUUCGGGGAAGAGACCAUCAUCCUCAGGGCUCCGGUUCCUCGGGUUGCCCAGCUGAAGGCGGAGGCAGAGGGGGAAAGGCCCAGUGAGGAUUCAAACCAGCUGGACGACGUAGACAAGACGAAAAGCAAAGUCCUCCAUCUGGCCCGUCAGUACAGCCAGCGAAUCAAAACGACCAAACCAGUGGUCCGACAGCGAAGUCAGGGUCUCCUGAUCAGCAAGACGAUCUUACCCUGUGUGGUGGAGGAGAGUGCAGGUAAAGCCAACCUGACUCUGCCACUGGUUUCUCAAAACCAGGCAACCUCCUGCAGCUCGAGUGUGGUCUUCCCGGGCCGGGCUCGCUCCCGCAGCCCGCUCAGCCCCCGCAGCCCCCUCAGUCCUCCUCAGUCCUCCUCCAUCGAGGGCUUCAGCUGGCCCGACGUCCGAGAACUCCGCUCCAAAUACUCCAACCACGGUCGCUCCCAGAAGGGUCCUGCCAGUCGUAGUCACUCUGUCCCGGAGCAGAUGUUUGACGGCGGUCUGAGGAGGCACUCCAGCUGCUCCUCCAGCCUCCUCCUCGCCGAUGGAGCUUCUGGCGAGGUUCCUUCAUACAAGCCUCGCGGCAGCCGGCAAUCCAGCAGGGAGGAAAACAGAAAACGGCUUCACAGAGCCAAUUCUCUGGACCCUCGGCUGAGCGGAGCACAAACGACUGAGCUGCAGAAGCUCCAGGACCAGGUCGCUAACGGCAACUAUGACAGUUACUAUGUCGCGGCCGAGGCGCCACUGUCGAACGACCCCGAACACAAGAUCAUCGUCAUGGAGAAGCUUCCAGAGCCUGCGGAAACAGCCAAAGAAUCCAAAGAAGGCGAAGGGGACAGUUACAUUCAGAUCCGUUCACCGACCAGCAGGGAGAAGAUCUCCAUCAUGGCCGUCAUCGACCGCUGCCGGGUCUAUCAGGAGUCUGACGAAUAUAAACGGAGGGAGGAAGCGAAAGCCACAACUGAGCCAACGAGGCCUCAAGAGCUCGACACCACAACGGCGUCCUCGAACGAUCAGGACGACGAGUCGCAGAAAACGAGCUCAAACUCCGGACAGAAGACAGAGACCGGUCAGCAGAGCAUCGUGAAAAAUCUGAGAGAAAAGUUCCAGAGCCUGAGCUGAAUAAUCAGUACCAUAAAACUGUGUGACGUCACGUCAGAAGAUUUUUAAAUAAGAUGCAAAAACCAGGCUGUUGAACCAGUCAAUUAGUUAAAAAUGUUUUAACUCUGUAAGUAGUCAACAGGUCAGUUUUCCCAACAAAAAGUAAAUUCUUCUACAGCAGUCAACUAUUGACAGCUAGAGACAACAAUUUCUGCUGUAUUUCUCGUGCUUACGGAAUAAUUAUUGAUAGUUAGGAUAACUUAUUCUGAAUUGGCAAACAUGUAGGAAGAAAAACUGUCAGCUUGUCAUAUUGAGAUCAUGACAGAAAAUGUUUAGAUGUGGAGAUCAUGAAAUAAUAAAA